GAGAGCUAGAUCUUAAUGACUUUGUUAAUUUGCGAGUACUAUAUAUUGAAGGUAUUGAGCAAAACAAGGAACAGCAACAAAAGUUAACUAAGUUGAAGGUGGAUAAAUGUAUUAAGUUAACUGAAAUUACGAUUAAUCAUACAACGCUUGGUUAUUUAAGUUUAGUAGAAAGAUUAACUAGUUUGAUCCAAGAUACUAAAGUCAUUAAUCUCGGUGAUUUAAAAUUGGAGCUUAAGAAAAUAGAAGAGGAGAAUUUUAAUUACACAUUAGAUGCUGCUAAAAGUAAUCUGGAUGAAAAUUAUCAGUUGUGGUUGGAAAAUUUAGUAGAAGCACAUCAAGAAGUUUUACAGAAUAACAGCACUUAUGCUCGUAAACAAUUAGAAAAAUGUAAAAAAAAAUUAGCUGAGGUGCUAACUGAUGAAGAAAUCCAAGAUAUUUUGGGUAAAAGAGCAGAAAUUAAUGAGUUGGAAACCCAAUUAAAUAAUAUCGUUAAAUGA